CCUGGUCAAACAAAACAAAUGAACAACAACAACAACGACAACAGAAAUCCUUUCGUUUAUUGUUUCAAGUUUAUUUGACAAAGAAAUUUUCACACUUUGUUGAACAAACAAUGUUAUUUUCUCAAAUGAAAAAUUUACCUAAAUAUUUUUUUUUGGUGUUCACCAUGUCACCACCAUUUCAUUGUCAUUCUUUAUUCGACUUGGAUCGAUCUGGAGCUUUACUGGAUCUAUAUACUACAGCCAUUCAUUCAUUCAUUCAUUCAUCAUGAAUGCCAAUAAUAAUGGUUUUUUCUAUCGAUUCUAUCUAAUGUUAUAUUUUCAAUUUCAAUCUAUAAUUGAAUCACAAGCAAAUUUCCUGAACAAUAUCGGUGUAUAUCGACGAAGACGUGCAAAAAUUCCCGAUGAACAAAAAUUAACUGGCCAUACAGUGGUGAUUACUGGUGCAAAUUCCGGUAUCGGUUUACAAACAGCUCGUGUUUUUGCACGUUUAGAUGCAAAUGUUUUUAUGCUCUGUCGUGAUCUUGAUAAAGCUCGUAGUGUUCGUAAAGAAAUUUUGGAUGAACUUCAACAGAUAAACAAUGAUGAUGAUGAUGAUGAUGAACGAAUCAAAAAUCAGAUAAAAUUGAUACAAUUAGAUUUAUCAUCAUUGGAAUCAGUACGAAAAUGUGCUGAAGAAAUCAAUCGUAAUGUUGAUAAAAUUGAUUAUUUAAUCAACAAUGCUGGUAUUAUGAUGUGUCCAGAAUCCAAAACAGUGGAUGGAUUUGAAUCACAAUUUGCAACGAAUCAUCGGCCAUUUUUACUUACUAAUCUUUUGAUGGAUAAGAUUCGUCGAUCAUCAUCGGCAAGAAUUAUCAAUUUAUCAUCAAUUGCACAUAUACCCGGUACGAUUCAUUUUGAUAAUAUCAAUCUAGAUGGUGGCCAUUAUACACCAUUGAAAGCAUAUGCACAAAGUAAAUUGGCAAAUAUUCUGUUUACCAUUGAAUUGGCAAGAAAAUUUUGUGAUACAAAUAUUCGUACUUAUGCUGUACAUCCAGGCUUGGUCAAUACUGAACUUGGUCGUCAUCUUAAUGGUUUGGCAUUAUGUUUACUUAAUUUUUUUCGUCGUAUGAUUCUAAUCACUCCUGAAUUGGGUGCACAAACCACAUUACAUUGUGCAUUCGAUUCAAAUAUUAACGCUGAUUCUGGUGGCUAUUUUGCAAAUUGCCGCCGAAUCAAAAAUAUGGUGAAAAAUGCAACAAACAACAACAAUGAUGCUGAACGUCUUUGGCAAUUAAGCUGUAAAAUGUGUGGAAUUGAAAAUUUCAAAUGAUCCAUCUGGAUCUAAAUAGCAAAUAUCGAACCGGUGGUUCACAAACACAUAUUCGAUUUUUCAUUUUGUUUAUUUAGUUGUUAAUUUAUUCUUUAUUUUAUUUUAUCUGAA